CAGGGCUCAUGUAAUCAAAGGAGUUUCUUUGUUGUGAGUAUCUUUUCAGAACACAACGGGAAUUCAAAAUGAAUCAGAACACAACUGAGUCUCCUGUCCCUGUGGAGACCUUGGAUGAUGUACCUGAGCACGUGCUUAGGGGCCUUCCCGAGGAUGUGAGGCUCUUCCCCUCUGCUGUGGACAAGACACGGCUGGGUGUCUGGGCAACAAAAUCAAUUUUAAAAGGCAAGAAGUUUGGACCAUUUGUUGGUGACAAGAAAAAAAGAUCUCAAGUCAAGAGCAAUGUGUACAUGUGGGAGGUGUACUACCCAAACCUGGGCUGGAUGUGUGUGGAUGCAACAGACCCAGAGAAGGGCAACUGGCUCCGAUACAUAAACUGGGCCCGUUCUGGGAAGGAGCAGAACCUGUUUCCUCUGGAGAUCAACAGGACCAUAUACUACAAGAGCCUAAAGUCCACAAUCGCGGCGGGCGAGGAGCUGUUGGUGUGGUCACAAGGCGAGGACGACCCGGCCAUAGCGGCCGCGAUCGAGGAGGAGCCGAGCGAGCGCCCGCAGCCGCCGGCACUCCCCGAAGGCCCGCAGAGGUACGGGGACCGCGCCCGCCGCGCCGCCGCACCCGCGGGGCGCCCCGCGCCGCGCCGCACCGCCGUGACCUUCCCCGGGGAGCGGGACGGGAGGGGAGGCCCGGCCCGGCCGGCCGGCGGCGCCGCGGGAGGAACGUGGAAUUGUGGCGGCUGGAAAAGUUGGGAAGAGGCGGCGCGGGAAGGGGAAUGGCCGCGGGGACACGCGGGGAUGGGGCAGGGGCACAGCGAUCUCCGCGUGCGGGCGGGGGCUAGCCGGGGAGCCGCGAUCCCUCAUCGGGAAGAGGGACUGAGCCGGGGGAAGCCGCGAUCCUGCCUCGGAAGAUGGAACAGCCGGGGCCGCCGUGAUUACUUCCUUGGGAAGGGGGAACUGAGCCCGAGGUCCACAACGAUCCCUCCUUUGGGAAGGAAAGGGGGAGGCUCCUCCUGGGGCCGCCGCGAUCCCUCCUUGGAGAAGGAGGCUGAUCCCGGGCCCCGCGAUCCCGCUCUGGAAGGGGGAGGAUGA